AUGGGCAUUCCGCCGAGCCUCAGCUGGGCAGUGCCGCCGCCCAGCGACGAGGCCGCGGCCGCCGCUGCGUCGCCGCAGCGCGAUCGCGCGCCCUCAGAGGCGCUCGCCAGCCCGGGCCCUGCUGCGGGUCCCGCCUCUGCUCCAGCCCAUUCCGGACCAUCAUCGUCGCGCGGCGUCGGCGUCAACGAGCCUCCUGCCGUAGGCGCACCGCUCACGGCUGCAGCGAUCAUGCGGCAGCGAGCUGCCGAGCUAGGAGAGCGAAAAGUCGUCCGUCCGCGCACCAAGCCCAAGUCAGGCAAGCCUCGCCGUGAACUCGUCCUUACACGAGCGCCUUCGACGUCAAAGGUGGCUGCAGCAUCGCCUCGCACGCCUGUAGCCGCGCCUUCGACACCUCGGCAAGUUCAGCAAGCUCCGGCUCCUACUGCAGGCGCGCACCUGUCGUUUCCCAUCUCCAAGUUCGUCGGGCAAGCUGCUGCGGAUACCGCGGCUGCGAAGCGCAACGCACCUACGCAAAUUCCACCUGUCGCACCUUCUCCUGCGAGCCGGGAGGCCAGCUCACCGGGAACUGGACCGCAACCUCAGUCAAUCAGCCCUGGACCAAGCCUCGCGUCUGCACCCACGCAGGCGGCGGCUCCCAGCCCUACGCGCUCGAUGGCGGGCCAAGCUUCGACCACCAGCCACCAGCCGUGCUCCUCUCCGUCGGCAGCUGCGCACGCAUCUCGCCCAUUCGAGACGUCCGACAUCGUCGCAGCGCCUCGCAAGGGCAAGAAGCGAUCGCCACUCGACAAGCUCUCGGCGAAGAAGCAGCGCGAGUUGCGUGCGGCCGUGCUCGCGCUGCAGGAGUCGCUUCGUCGAGUAGCUGCGCCUCUUGUUUCUUUCUACGGCUCCCUCGCACCGACGACGGUACAAGCCGCGCAAGUGCUCGAUGCUGAGGACGAUGUCGAGGAUCCUGCAUCGCCAGCUCCGGCCGAGCUGGCGCAGGCGGACGCAGAGUGCGAGACUACCGCGGCGUCCGCAUCUCUGCCCAGCGACCAGCCGGUCGCUCGCCCUCGCAGAGCACGCACGCUCAGCGACAUGUCGAUCAGCACGACCUCGAGCGACAUGUCGAUCAGUGACGAGUCUGGCGACCUGUCGUCCGAUGCUGCAAGCCCGUCGUUACCGGGCCAUACGAGCCACGCCAGUCAAGAAACGUGGCUGCCGCGUAUCGAUUCUCCAGCCUCUUCGGCACGUCUCGUCGGCAUACGCACCGUGUGUCAUUCGCCAUCUGCUCAUGGCGACGCGCCGCUGCCGUCGAUCGAGGCCGGGCCGAGCGCGAUCACGGAGGGUCUCGCCGCACGGUCCGAGUCUCGCGGCAGUACUGCAUCUGCUGCGGAGCCGGCAGACCCCGUACGUCGCCGGCAGAUCGUCACGCGACCGUCGUCCAAGAAGCGCAACAACAAGCGGCUGACGUCCGUCGCGCGCGAAGCCUCUGUCGGAAGCUCGACUUCGGCGUGCGCCACGACGGCCACGACCGCUGGACAGGCUGGCACGCGCAAGUCACUCGAGGCGCAGACGAUCAUCACCGGGCCCGCAGACCUCGAGGCGGAUGCGCUCCGUUCCGACGCGUACAAGAAUCAGGCGCGUGAGCUCCAAACGGCUCUGGAGCGCAUUGCCGACCUGGAGCAGCAGCUGGCAGCGUCUAAUCGCGCCAGGGAAGCCGCAGAGCAGGCGCGCCAGGAUCAAGACAGCGAGCUCUCGCAGAAGCUGCGGUCGAGCGAGACGGUGCUGGGCCGCUACCAGCACGCGUGGGGCGGCUUGGCCAGCCUCGCUGCAGAGCGGCUGAAAGUCAUGCAAGGCGGCAUGAGCACAGCUACGGGCGAGCAGCCGACGACGGAACAUGCGGAAGAGCAGGCUGCCGACGGUCCAUGCGAAGCAGCGUCACCAGCCAGCUCGGAUGUGCCGCUCGCCACUCGCACUCAGAGUUCUGCAGCGGCGGUGCAGGCGCACAGCGCGGCUCGUGCGAGUCCAGAGCUCGAGCCGCGGCCGCCACUCGCCAAGCAUCAGGCCGCUCCAGAGCGCGAGAGUGCUCCCGCUCAGCAGCAGCAGCCAAAAGUGGCACGCGGCCGAAAGCGUGCUUCCUCUCAGAAGCAGGCCAAAGCGCCCACGGCGGAGGUCCUCCGAAUCGUUGCGCCAUUCAGCAGCCGCGCAAGCGCUCACAAGGCUCUGCAACGCAUUCAGAGGCAAGACCUCGACAACCACGCCAUCGACGCAGAGCUGGCGCCAUCGUCAAGCAAGCGUAGCGCUGCGGACUCGGAAGAUGAGGAAGACGCUCCACGGCCAGCAGCGAAACGGCGAAGCGUCAUUCAAGCAUCCGAAGACUCAGACAGCGAGCAAGAGCUGACGGACCUCGACGGUGAUCCAGAGCGCCGAUCCGCGAGUGCAGCUGCGUCAGAAGCAGUGCAUGACGAGGACUCUCGCGGCCUAGUGUAUCAGCGCGACGCUGCUGCUGCCGCUUCGCGCGCCGGCGACGCCGCUGCACCAGUCCGCCGCAUCAAACUGAAGCUCAGGCCUUCGGAUCAGAGUCUGCACGGCUCGCCGGGCGAGGCUGCCGGCACGGCCAGUCAUGCAAGCUCUAGCGCAAGUCCCGUCUUCAAACCACUUCUUCUCGGUCAAGAGCAAGACUCGGCGCUCAGCACUUCGACCAAAGCGCUCGGCACCAAGAAGCGCAAGCGCGUUUCCAUGGGAGACGCCGAGCAGGAUGAGCGCGAAGAGGCGGUGCGAUCCGGCGCAGCGCCAUCCAGCUCGAGCAUGCGAAGCGCGCCCGUCCAGCCGCUCGAGCAGGAGCGAGGCGCCCGUGUCCGACCGCUGUUUAGCUCGCCGCCGCGCUGA